AUGGCCGACGGCGGCGGAUGGCGGAGGUGGACAACUGCCUGCUGAUUACCGAGUUGGUGAGGUGAGAAUUCCAUUUCAAAAGCCACCCCUGCUGCCCACCAUCUUUAUUUUUUAUUUUGUACUUUUUCCCUUCUUUCACGAGACUGCAAAAGUGAAGCAUGUUUUUCCCAUUAUUAGUUGAGGAGUACCAAUUAGUGUAGUAGUAGAAUAGUAUUAGCAAGUUUCUGCAUCAUCAUUUAAGUUCACUGCUACAAGAAUAGCAGCAAUAGCUACAGUCAUCAGUCUUCGAACUCAGCAUUAUAUAAGUAUGAUAUUGUGAAAUUCACGUUUAUUUGGAAAGACUUGGAAGACAUCGAUCAUUUUUCUUAUUACAUUCAAGUUAAUUAUCGGGUUAGGGUUGAGUUAAUUUAUGAGCCAUAGGCCUCACUCCAUCCAUUACAAGCAGAUCAGAAUAGUGCUCCUGUGGUGGUGUGGUAGAGAAGUUACAAUAAAAGAAAGGAAACACGAGACUUGUAACCACCGGAGUCAAAUAGCUAGUUAAACUUAUUGUGCAGUUUGUGUUUAUAUAUAUAUAUGUGUGUGUGUGUGUGUGUGUAUUUAUUUGUUCGUCUUUCCAUUUUAAUGAAUCUCAGCAUACAACUGGCUUUGCUGCAACUUUCUUCCUGCAUGCUGUUAAUGCCUGCGUGUGAUUUAUGAGCUUUGUAUGUGCUUCCGUUCCAAGACAGAUGCUGUGACCACAUCUUACUUUCCCAUUCAGAUCUCGUUCUAUUAGCUCAGGAUGCUAAUUGUUGUCUGUACCAAAAAUUUGCUAGUCAGUGGAUCCUUUCAAUUCGAAGUCACGGUGUAAAAAAUUUUCAGCUUCUGCAUGCAGGCAAAAUAUGUCGCCUCAUCUUUCUUGUUUCUCUCAGCAUUGAUGGACUAAUGCUUAAAAUAUAUGCCUUUAUCCUGGCAAUGCUUUGCAGUUUUUGUCCAAUAAACAAUUUUGCCCCUCUCUUCUGAAUUCUCCCACUUUAGAUUUUGUGUUUAACUCUCACAGAAAUGGAGAAACUAUAUCUGGGGGUUUGAUCUGAUACUCUUUUAUACGAGGGAGUAAGCCAGCAGGGGUAGCUUCAAUAGCCCUCCUAGCCUUUAAACCUUUCUUCUACUCUGUUGGCAAAUGAUGGUUCAGAAAGCAUGUGAAGUUCCAUUUACUAAGGAUGCUUGUUUCCUCCAAGGCCGAAACCUUGGUUGUUAACUCCUUUUGAAUUCUGAUACUAGUUUCCCAAUCAUUACUUCUACGUCUGCAUGCUCCCACAGCUACUGUUGUGCAAAUACGUGUUGUCCGCAAAUGUUUUACCCAAUGUUGGAACUUAUGGUAUAAAAGAAUCCUGGAAGCUUGUCAUCUACUGUUCCAGUGGGCUAGAAAAUGUUGAUAAGCUACACACACUGCAUGACAAGUUGGGAUGGGAAGAAGUACAUGAAAUGGCAAAUGAUUGAAGCAAAAGAGGUUCAGUCAACUAAUCUAGUUACUAACUAGAUGCUCUGGCUUCCCAGGAAGUAUAUUGCAUUGGAUAUUUCCAAAACGACACAUAUUUCUCAGCGCUGGUCAAACUUCUGCUUAUGCUCAUCUGCUUGUGGUGCCAUGGCCUCCCCCUUUACAAAUGUUGCUUUUGCUCCAUCUUCUGAUGGAGUAGAAAAUUUUGCUUGCAAGGAUAAACUUUCAGGCUAUAUAUUCAUGUGCAAUGGAAAAACAAAAGCUGAUUGCUACAGGUAUAGAGUUUUCGGGCUUCCUGCAGCUAGAUUGAAUGUUGUUAAGAAAAUCAGACCCUGCAUGACGUUGUUCUUGUUUGACUUUGAGUUGAAACUUCUUUAUGGUGUUUACUGUGCAACUUCUAAUGGAGGACUUGGAAUUGAGCCAACUGCUUUCCGAGGGAAAUUUUUAGCACAGGUAAGGUUUGAGAUAUUCAAGGAUUGCUUGCCUUUGCCUGAGAGUGCCUUUAAGCAUGUUAUUAAAGAUAACUACAAUGCAGGUUCCAAAUUCAAACAAGAGCUGAGUAAUGAACAGGUGACUAAUCUGAUGUCAUUGUUUCGUCCAAUACUGACAAUUCCAGUACCAUUUUCAAAUAUAUUGCCUGAAGCUGAAGUUUCUGCUUCAUAUGAUCGAUAUGUAGUAAAACGGAUACUUAAUCGUUCAGGACAGCCAAGCAAUUAUCAUUGUAGUCAGCCUGCUCACCACCCAUGUAGCGAAAAUGACAUUUCUGUGAUUGCGAACGAUACAUAUGCUUUCCCGUUUGAUGCUAUUUCAGCUACUGACGCUUCAGUACCAGCAUAUGCUCAAGUUCCGUCACAUGUUUCUGGACCUUCAUAUGGAAAUGCUUAUGCAUCAUCAUCAUCAGGAGCUGCUGCUUACUGGACAACUGAGGCUUCUCAAAGCCUUUAUCAGGUACCAGCAUCACUGUACGAGGCAGUAUAUCGUCCUACUUCAAAUGAAACCUUAGCUUCUUGGAUGGCAACUACAGCAGCACCUAACAAACUAAAUUAAGUCCUUGCUUAUUCUUCUUACAUGUUGUGUAGUUGAGCAAUUAUAUACAUGCUUUUGGUGUUGUUUUUAAUGCUGUGCAAGCACUCACUACAGGCCAAGUAGGUGAACUGGAGCAGAAUUUACAGUCUAUAGGUGUUGCAAGUCGUAUGUGCCUGCCCAAUACUUUAAAGAUUCAAGUUUGAGCUACAUAGAAACACAAGUGAUUGAAUCUGUUUACACUA